CUUUCCCUAGUGUUUAGUGUUCAAAAAUACACAUAUUCCCAAAUAAGCUUAGGUUUAGUUCUUAACGGGUUAAACAAUACAUCAUGGAAAGAGGGAUGUGCUUAUGCAAAUAUUGCAUGAAUGUGUCUGCACUGGCUGCUUUUUGUUAUUCUUUUUGUUUCUCUUGUUUGUAAGUAGGAGCUUCCAUUUCUUGCCAUAAUCACCACAUUUUGCGGCAAGUGGUGUAAGAGCUCGAGUGUGUUUUCUUGGGACAGCUAUGAGAAUUGGAGAAAGAUGGACUUCUGACUUGCUCAUGAAGGCAGUUUGCAUCUACACAAUGAUGCGGUACUAAGUCCUGAGGACUUUUCCAUCCCUUCAAAUGAGUUGGAGUUGCAGGAAACCUGUUCUCUUCUCCCAUUGUCUUCCUCUCAUCUUAUAUCAUUGUUUAGGUUGUGCUCGUCUGAAUACUAAGAUUCAUUUGAUUGCUUGUUCUGCUCAAGCUGGGUGUGCAAGUUGUCUGACCUGAGACUUGACAGCAAGUGAUUAAGGAGCAUCAAAUACAAAUCAAAUACUGCAUUCUUUGAUCCAGUGUGCACUCACUAGCUGCCUGUCUGGUCUUUAAGUUGUACCACCAGCUGACUGCUGAGAACAAGGUAUGUUUUUAACAGGCGAAUCUUUAUAAUAUAGUGCUCACUUUGGGAUUGAUACUUAUUGAACCAAAUUAUAUCUUUCAAUCAGAAUUACACAAUUCUUCAUUUAUAUACUGUAAGUGAAAAAGUUAGUAUGUAUUGAGAACAGUGAGAGAACACAAUGAAUAGAGAACUGUGUUCAUAAAAUUACCUCCUCUCAAAACUCAUUCAUAAAUUUAUGGCCCGAUAUGAAAUAACUAAAAUAGGUGCUGUUUGAUCCUUUAAAUAUACAAAGCAUAAUAUAUAAUAGACCAAUUUUUUUUUUUUUAAUAUCUGUGAUUUUACAUUCUGUACUUUAUUUACAGAGGUUCAAUCAUAAACUAUGGCAUCACUAGUGAAAAAAAGGCUCCGUUUUGUCACCUGGAACACACGUGGCAUUAAAAGCCCACCACAAAAGUUUUCAGAUUUGUUGAGCAGCCUCAUUUCCCUGAAGGCUCAUAUUGCCUUCAUACAAGAGACACAUGUUGGGCCAACAUGUUACCAAAUCUUGGAGAAUGUUGAAAAUUGGAAUGUCUAUUUCACUGUACACAGCCCUCGCAGUAAAGGAGUGGCAAUACUGAUCAGCUAUGAUGUACCAUUUGAGUACAUUUGCCAUGAUGAGGAUUGCAGUGGAGGUUACAUUGUGCUCUUCUGUCGUCUGUAUGGUGAACUGUACACUCUUGUUAAUGUGUACAAUCAUAAGGCAGACAAAAAUGUCUUGGCUAGAUUGAAAGACUAUCUGAGGGAAACAGCUGAGGGUGUGCUAGUGGUUGGAGGUGAUUUCAACACUGUUUUGGAUCCCAGCUUUGAUCGGUUAUCUUCAGCUGUUCUCACAAAGCAGUCUUCACUAAGAGCUAUUUUAGAAGACUUUACUAUUUCUUUGAAUCUCAGAGACACCUGGUCAUACCUUCACUCUGUUGAUGGAGGCUUUACACGACGUCAGAAUGAGAGUCACUCCAGGUUGGACAUGUUUUUCAUGUGCAACGAUGCAAUGGGACGGGUGUGUAGUAGCAAAAUACAGAGCAAUGAAAUUUCAGAUCACAAGCCUCUUGUCCUAGAACUCAAAGUGCAGCAACAGACUGGAAAUAUAAUUCCAAAGGUAGCCUUGUUUUUGAAGGAAACUAGAGUUGAUGAAGAACCCGACAGGAGAUCAGGGAAGAUUAAUGGGGCAGAAAUACUGAGUUCCAUCAAGUCUUUGAUUGACUCCAAUCAAAGACUUGAUACAAUGGAUGUGGAUUACUACAAAAAGUUUUGUUGUCAGUUGACUGAGACCUUAAAGAGAAAGUAUAACCUCAUGUUAAAGAAUAAGCAGGUACCUGAAGCUUAUUAUUCAGGAGACAUUUUCAAUGUUGACUGUUUGAUAUUUUCAGAAAUAUUGGCCAAGCGCCUUAGUGUGCUCAUUACUCCUUCUCUGAAGAGAGAGAAGAAAGCAAAGUUUGAUAUUCUUCUUACCAUGACCUUCGAGCCAGGCCCACAGGAAAUUAGGUGGUCCUUCCUGGAACAAACCCUCAGGAGACUAAAACAGAUACAAUCUGUCCCUCCACUAGACUUCAGCAUUCUGGACUGCCUUCUUCCUAAAGUCCAAAACUUUUCAGGAGAACUCAGACGUCUGCAGCCUGGCAUUCCCCUCACCAACGCUAUCCUCAAUCUAGCUCUGACACAGCUAGAAGAUCUGAUUCUCAGGAGUGAGACAGAGUGCAGAACCAGUGUUUCCUUUCACAGACAGGCACUGCUCAUACAUGCAGACCAGAGCAAACGGGGGAAAGUUGUUAGGGUACUAGAGAAAUUCCAGGAUGACUCAGGAAUUAGGCUUACAGAAUGCCACAUAAUAGAUUGA